ACACUGAUCAACGCAGCCGCGGGUCACGUGACUUACAGGAAGUCCAACAGGUACUCCGUCUCCUCCUCAGAGCCCGGCUCCUCGUCUUUGUCCAUCUCUGACUCUCGGCUCUCAGACUCUGGUUUCUAUCACUGCAGAGUGGAGCGUCCCGGCCUCUUCAACGACCAAACGUUUAGCCUGCACCUCAUCAUCAUCAGCAGCUCUCGCUCCGUGAUCGACUCUCCUGCCACAGAAAGCUCCGAGCUCUCAGCUGAGACCCUGAACGCACCACGAACUGCAACCAGUGAGUAUAAAGAACUACAGAAGCCCCGGAGGGACAGAAAGCUUCACACAGCAGGUGUUUGA